CGGAAGAUGACAUAAAUAGCACGGAAUAUAACGCCAAAAAGGUGACCAGUUUUACAAACUGAAACAGUGAAAGGCUCCUUCUUUCUUGCUUUAGCAAAAUAAGUGUUCAGGAAGACCUACUCAGGCUACUGAACAGCACUGCUGUCGUUCAUUGAGAUACAUGGUGAGUGUCGGUACGGUCCUGACUCCUGUGCUGUAGUUUGAAUCGGAAAUCUGGAAUGCGGACACGUGCGACGGUACGAAGUAACUGUUACUUGUACUAGACUAGUACAAAUGUCAUGUAGACUUGCCUGCUGAACAUACCACUUUGCAAACCCAAAACAGUUGAUGUUUAUUGAGCGUCAUCACGCUAUAACACAUUCGCAGUCCUUUCGAAUGUAAUGGACUACCGUAGGUUGCUUUAGGCUGUCGGAAACUGGCGUGGAUGCUUGGAACUUCCUGGGAAGGAUUGCAAAGCUGAGUUCGCUGAGCUGAGGAGAAAACUCUAGCACACCCGACUGCAUUGCUUGUACGCCAAGUUUAGCAGUAUAUGCCAGUUUUGUCCUUCAUUGCAUACGCAUCGACGUGAGUUGGCAGCUGUUAUGGAAGAAAUCAGACGCGAGGACAACAGGCGAGAAGAGAUCAAGCGUGCUCCCAACGCCGCCCUGUCAUCCCAGACCACCGGAGACUAUGAUUACUUGAUAAAGCUGCUGGCACUGGGCGACAGCGGAGUUGGGAAAACAUCGCUACUAUCACGAUUUGUAAAUGGUGCGUUUGAUGCCAACAUCGGAACAACUAUUGGCCUCGAUUUCUUCGAGCGACGAGUCACCCGGCGGGGCAGUCGCAUCAACUUGCAACUCUGGGACACGUCAGGACAGGAAAGAUUUCGCUCUGUAACCAGCUCCAUCUAUCGCAAUGCAUAUGGCUACAUGAUGGUCUUCGACGUGACGAAUGAGAAAACGUUCAUGAAUAUCCGCGACUGGCUCACCACGCUGCGAGAGAAUGUAGCCUCAAUCACAGACGAUCCUGACGUUAUACUGGUGGGCAACAAGGUGGACUUGCACGACCUGCACGAUUCAUCUGAAGACAUGGUCGACCUUGCCGAGGUGCAGAAGUGGGCAGACGACAACGAUAUGACGUUUAUUCAAACAAGCGCACGCACCGGAUCCGGCGUCGAUGCAGCCUUUAACGCACUAAUUGAGAUCGUCAUGGCGUCGAUGGAGAAGCAGCUGCGCCGUAAGCUGUCCCUACCGGACCUGACGGCCGAGCAACAGUCGAGCAGUUGCCGGUGUUGAUGCGAUUCGUCUUCUCAGAAGCCAAUUGUGGAUAGUAACACUACCACAGACACCAGCCUAGACACACUGAACAGGAUUUAUGCUGGUGGACUGAGCGCUGUGUGCCAAAGGAUUCCACUCCUGCAAACGUGCAGUUGACGGUCGUGUGUAAUCUCGAUGUACGUCUGGCCAAGUUAUGCAUCCGGGCAUAUAAGGCCAAUACAGCGCCAGAGGCCAAUAUCUGAAACGUCUUGGGGAUGUUACUGCGCACAACCAAACACUGGUAGGUUGUUCCUGUGUGUGUGUGGUGUGUGUGGUGUGUGUGGGUGUGUGUGUGGUGUGUGUGUGUGGUGUGUGGUGUGCGUGUGUGUGUGUGCGUAUGUGUGUGUAUGUGUGCGUGUGUGUGUGUGUGUGUGUGUGUGUGUGUGUGUGUGUGUGUGUGUGUGUGUAUCUAUGCUACCAUGCGACACCUAGUCCAACAAUGUUUUCCGUACUGUCUUAUCUACUGUGUUCAGCCAUUGAGAGAUUGAUUGUAUUCGAUUAUUUUUUUAUCUUCAAAUUCUUUUUAACCCGAUCCACACACACACAGUUGUACAUGUUUUGAGCGCUGCUUGUGUGCUGUGUGUCCUCCUCACAUCUAUAAUUUAUCUUCUUCUUUUUUUUAUUUCUGUCACCAUUAGGUUUUUGUCAUCAUGUUAUUGUACAGACACAGACCUAAAGUUGUAGCUCCUGCACUGAUGUAGUCAGCUAGCAACACACCCAAGCAUAGACUUUGGGCCUUUUUUUAAUCAUUGUUAGUGUUUGUAGCUCUUUUAGUUUACCAAUUUGUUGGAACUGUCCUAGUUUCCUUAAUACCUAGAGAGAAGUAUAAAAUGAUCCGGUCUAGAUCUUUCCAAUGGAUUUACCGGAA